UGCUUUGGACAGUUGCAAUCUUUGUUUUGCCGCAACACUUGUUUGACGAAAUGGCCAAACACUUCUUCACCAACAGCAACAUCUCCAACUGGGUUCCUUCUGUCCCUCUCGUUCCCAGUUCAGUUCCCAGUUCCCUCAUUCAACCCCACCAUCUUUUUCUCUUUGCUUCAUUCACAUUCCCAUUUUCUCUCCUCCAUGGACCGCGGCGGGGACAAGCAGCACCACCAGCAGCUCUCUUUGCCUAAGAGUGCAAGGCAGCAGCACAGAUAUAACGAAUGGAUUUUCCGGGAUGUUCCAAGUGAUAUUACAAUAGAAGUGAAUGGAGGUGCUUUCUCACUGCAUAAGUUCCCUCUUGUCUCUCGAAGUGGGCGCAUCCGGAAGCUAGUAGCUGAACAUAGAGAUUCUGAUAUCUCAAGGGUGGAGCUUCUUAAUCUACCAGGAGGCGCUGAAACAUUUGAGUUGGCAGCGAAAUUCUGUUAUGGUAUUAACUUUGAAAUCACAUCAGCAAAUGUUGCGCAGCUGUGUUGUAUAUCCGAUUUCCUUGAAAUGACUGAAGAGUUCUCAAAAGACAAUCUUGGCUCGCGUGCUGAAGAGUAUCUCGAAAGCAUUGUUUGCAAGAGUCUUGAAAUGUGCGUUGAAGUUUUGCAACAAUGUGAGACUUUACUUCCUCUAGCUGAUGAGCUCAGAGUAAUUAGCCGCUGCAUAGAUGCAAUCGCCUCAAAGGCCUGCGUGGAGCAAAUUGCUUCAAGCUUCUCCCGCUUGGAGUAUAGCAGCUCAGGAAGGCUACACAUGAACAGGCAAGCCAAAUGUGAUGGGGACUGGUGGAUAGAAGAUCUUUCUGGCCUCCGGGUUGACUUGUACCAAAGAGUCAUAACAGCCAUGAAGUGUCGUGGAGUCCGCCCCGAGAGUAUCGGUGCAUCUCUGAUGAACUAUGCUCAGAAGGAGUUGACAAAGAAGUCCAGCUUAUGGAACCCACCUGGCCAGACAAAAGUUGAUGUAAAUUCAACUGGGCACGAAAAACUAGUGGUUGAAACGAUUGUCAGCCUUCUUCCUGUUGAGAAACUUGCUGUUCCAAUCAACUUCCUUUUCGGGCUUUUGCGAAGUGCAGUGAUUCUUGAUUGCACAGUUGCUUGCAGACUUGAUCUGGAGAGGAGGAUUGGGUCUCAGCUGGAUAUUGCUUCUCUUGAUGAUCUUCUGAUACCAUCUUUCAAGCACUCUGGUGAUACUUUGUUUGAUGUGGAUACGGUGCAUAGGAUUUUAAUUAACUUUUCUCAGCAAGAGGAUAGUGAAGAAGAAGAAAUGGAAGAUGGUUCUGUUUUUGAAUCUGAUAGUCCUCAUUCGCCUUCCCAAACCGCGCUUUUUAAGGUUUCAAAGUUAGUGGACAACUACCUUGCUGAGAUUGCUCCUGAUGCAAACCUCAAGCUCACUAAAUUUCUAGUCAUUGCUGAUGCUUUGCCUGAACAUGCACGAACUGUUCAUGAUGGGUUAUAUCGAGCCAUAGACAUCUAUUUAAAAGCCCAUCAAGGUUUAUCAGAUACUGACAAGAAGAAGCUCUGCAAACUAAUCGAUUUCCAAAAGCUCUCUCAAGAAGCCGGUGCACACGCUGCACAGAAUGAGCGCCUCCCUCUCCAGUCGAUAGUACAAGUUCUUUACUUUGAGCAAUUAAGGCUCAGAAAUUCCUUGGGCUGCUCUAAUGGUGAAGACGAACACAAGCCAAUGCACCAGUCAUGGCGGAUCAGCAGUGGUGCACUCAGUGCAGCAAUGUCUCCUCGAGACAACUAUGCAUCAUUGAGGCGAGAAAACCGUGAGCUAAAACUUGAGCUAGCUCGGCUACGAAUGAGACUAAAUGAUCUUGAGAGAGAACAUGUCUGUAUGAAGAGGGAUAUGGAAAAGUCCAACUCUCGUAAAUUUAUGAGUUCUUUCUCCAAGAAAAUUGGCAAGCUAAGCUUCUUUGGACAUAGUUCUUCAAGGGCAUCCACUUCUCCAUCAAGACAAUCAUAUAGAACGGAUUCUAAGGUGAUCGAAAGAACAUGUGCAAGCAUAGAUUAGGUAAUCCACAUUACGAAGAAGUUUUUCUGUUUUGUUGAUUAAGUGCAAGUCAUGCUUGAAUUUUUGCUUCUUUGUUACGCUUUUUCAAUCACCUUGUACAUAAGAUUUGGUGUUUUGAGUAAGCAAUAGCAGGGAAAGCUUCUUGAUUGCAAGUGAUGCUUUUGAGUGAAUAAUACAGUUUUGAUUUUGUGUAAAAUUUAAAUCAUCAUAUAAUUUUUAAAGUGACAUGCA